AUGUUUUAGAUAUUUUAUAUUUUAAAAUUAGUCUAGUCAACAUGUCCAUACUCAAAUUUUGAUUAAUUUUAAUUGAAUAGUAAUAACUUUUAUCAAGAAAAGAAUUAUGAAAGAGGAAAUCCAUAUGCAUUUGGUGUAUGGACUCAAUUUGCUCCUAUUAGAAAAAAUUCAUAUUCAGACAAAUCAAAACCUUAUUUUGAUUCAACAAGAAAUCUUGAUGGAUUUCAUAUUCUAAAUUUUCAAAAUGAAGGAAAUAUAUAAACGAUGUUUUAUUAAUAACCUCUUUAUGUUACAGGAUAUCCAACAUUAAUCAUUUUAUAAAAUACAUAGUCUGGGGUAUUGGCUUAUAAGAUUCAGGAGGCACUAUUUUAUUAUGAGGGAUAUUGGAUUUUUACCUAUUUUAGUUUUAAUUAUGAUAACAAAUACAAUUUUGCAUCAUAUAGUACAGGAGAUGAUCGUUUUUUUAAUUUUUUAGUCACAAAUAGAAGAUUGAAACCAUAAACAAAUAAUGUUAAAUUAGAAUAUGGAGGAUAGGGAUUAUAUAAUAUAGAUACUAGUAGUUUUAAUUUAAAUAUAUUUUUGGGAAGAAUUUCUAUAAUUACUAUUUUUGAAAAUCCAAUUAGUUUUUUCAAUAAUUAAGAUAAAGUAAAAUUUGUUUAAUUUAUAUCAAAAUGCUCAGUUCCAUAAGGAUGUUAAAAUGUUGUUGAAUUAUUAUUAUUUAAUGAGCCAUAUAAUUAAUAUAAUUGUACCAUUCGUAAUUAUUAAGUUGAUAUUCAUGGAUUAGUAUACAUGUUUGAUUUUUGGAUAAAAAGAGACUCUUAUAAAAUAAAUUCAGAAAAUGAAAUCUUAUUAUCAUUUGGAGGUUUAUUUUCAACUUUAGAGCGAUAUUAUUAAUUAGCAUUGUAUUGGAGAAUUGUAAAUUAUGAUGUUAUAUUACUUCAUCAUUUAGAUGUUUAUUAUUUAGUACCUGGAGAAUAAAUUACAUAGUAUUUUAAUAAUUAUCUUGUAUAAUUGUUUAAACCUAUAAAAAGUUUUGAAUAAUGGACCUAUUUAAAAUAUUAGUUUUAGAAGAUUGGAAUGUAUCAAUAUGUUUAUCUUUCUAUCUAUUAAUCUUGUUGUGAUACUUGGGAAUAAUAUUAUGUGCUCAAUGUUCCUUAUUAUCAAUAAUAUACAAAUUAUUAGGCCACAAUAACAUUAUUCAGAGAAUAAGAAUUAGGAACAAUCAUACCUUUUGAAGGUUUAAUUUCAAAUUUAAGAUUUAAAUACUGUAACAAUAUUGAUUAUCAAUUUGGAAAAGAAUCGAAUCUAAGUAUAUAUAAUAAUAUUAUAAUAGAUUGCAAUACAAUGUGUAAAACUUGUACAGGACCUACUAAAUAUGAUUGUGCAUCCUGUUAUGAUGAAUAAAAUAGAUACUUAUAAUCUGAUCUUCAUUAAUGUUUAUGUAAAUCUAAUUAUUAGGAAUCAGAUAGUUUAAUAUGCCAAAGUAAAUUAUUUUUUAAUCUAUUUUAGAAACCCUUUUAAACUCUAUCUCCUAAUAAAAAGAGUUAUAUAAAGAAUACAAUAUAAUUGAGGUAUAAUAUAAUAAAAAGUGUAAAUAUGGUUACUUUGAAGUAUGGAAGAAUCUUAAAUUUAUAGGAUGCAUUAAAUGGUAUUUAUAAUGUUAAUUCAAAGUCCUUAUUUUGGCUAAACUCAUAAUUCAUUGA